AUGCGUCCACCGGUGACGUGCGAGGCAUCUACAAAGGGCAAACAAAUAACACAGACACAACGAAAGCUCAGGAAAGACAAACACAGGACAUGGAUCACGGCAGGAAAUCAAUGCAGGUGCACCAUCAGUGCAGACAGAAGGCAAUUUAUUACGGCUAAAACACAGGUUCUUCACACGCAGGAGCUCUACACCAGUGCCACCCCCAGCUCUAGAAGCCCUACACCGGUGCCACCCCCAGCUCUAGAAGCUCUACAUCAGUGCCACACCCCAGCUCUAGAAGCUCUAUAUCAGUGUCAGCCCCCAGCUCUAGAAGCCCUACACCGCUCUAGAAGCUCUACACCAGUGCCACCCCCCAGCUCCAGGAGCUCUACACCAGUGCCACAAGCAGUGCCACCCUCAGCUCUAGAAGCUCUACAUCAGUGCCACCCCCCAGCUCCAGGAGCUCUACACCAGUGCCACAAGCAGUGCCACCUCCAGCUCCAGGAGCUCUACACCAGUGCCACAAGCAGUGCCACCUUCAGCUCUAGAAGCUCUACACCAGUGCCACCCCCCAGCUCCAGGAGCUCUACACCAGUGCCACAAGCAGUGCCACCCUCAGCUCUAGAAGCUCUACACCAGUGCCACCCCCAGCUCCAGGAGCUCUACACCAGUGCCACAAGCAGUGCCACCCUCAGCUCUAGAAGCUCUACAGCAGUGCCACCUCCAGCUCCAGGAGCUUCACACCAGUGCCACAAGCAGUGCCACCUCCAGCUCCAGGAGCUCUACACCAGUGCCACAAGCAGUGCCACCUCCAGCUCCAGGAGCUCUACACCAGUGCCACAAGCAGUGCCACCUCCAGCUCCAGGAGCUCUACACCAGUGCCACAAGCAGUGCCACCCCCAGCUCCAGGAGCUCUACACCAGUGCCACAAGCAGUGCCACCCCCAGCUCCAGGAGCUCUACACCAGUGCUACAAGCAGUGCCACCCCCAGCUCCAAGAGCUCUACACCAGUGCCACAAGCAGUGCCACCCCCAGCUCCAGGAGCUCUACACCAGUGCCACAAGCAGUGCCACCCCAGCUCCAGGAGCUCUACACCAGUGCCACAAGCAGUGCCACCCCCAGCUCCAGGAGCUCUACACCAGUGCCACAAGCAGUGCCACCCCCAGCUCCAGGAGCUCUACACCAGUGCCACCCCCAGCUCCAGGAGCUCUACACCAGUGCCACAAGCAGUGCCACCCCCAGCUCCAGGAGCUCUACACCAGUGCCACAAGCAGUGCCACCCCCAGCUCCAGGAGCUCUACACCAGUGCCACAAGCAGUGCCACCCCCAGCUCUAGAAGCUCUACACCAGUGCCACCUCCAGCUCCAGGAGCUCUACACCAGUGCCACAAGCAGUGCCACCUCCAGCUCCAGGAGCUCUACACCAGUGCCACAAGCAGUGCCACCUCCAGCUCCAGGAGCUCUACACCAGUGCCACAAGCAGUGCCACCUGAGCUGGUAUCAGGGUCCACAAAGAGACAGUGUUCGGGGAAGCGGUCAAUACAACAGGAAACACUGUUGA